UGCAGGUGGGGGGGUACGACCCCCUGCAGGUGGAGAGCUGGGGGCUCAAACCGGGAUCCUUUCAUAGGCCUUUGUACUUUGUGCCAUGUGCGCUUAAACCAUUGCGCUACCACCCAGCUCCCCCAACAUGAUCUUGGAUGGUGACUGGACGAACACCUGAGCCCUGAAUAGAGGAAAUCAGAGCAAAGAACACAAAACAUCGCUCGGAAGCUUUGGCCCUUAUUAGGCCGGGGUUGGGGGGCACACUGGCAGGGACAGGAAGGCGCCCCUCCAGAUGUAUUCUCUAAAACUGGGAAGUGUAGGAAGUGGAGUCGCAGAAAGAGUCGAGGGGGCAGGCGGUGGCACGUAUGUUACAAUGUGCAAGGAGCCAGGUCCCAAGCUCCUGGUCCCCAUCUGCAAGGGAGAAAGCAGGGCUGCAGGUGUCUCUCUCCCUCUCCUAUAUCAGUUUCUGUCUCUACCUAAUAAAGUAACAAAAAUACUUAAAAAAAAAACAGACCCGAGAUUGCCCAGUUACCCCGGAAGUUACUGCUUUACAAGACUUGAUAACUGCAAGACCUAGUAUCCCCUUGAACGCUGGCCCGCCCCACAUCUUGCACUUUAUUGGUCGUGGGUGGCCCCGCCUCUCCGGGACAGCACCACCCUCCAUCCAAUCACCUUUAGGAGCUGGCGCGUCCACGCCCCCUGACCGUGGCCAAUCCCCGUUGGGUACGAGGUGGCUCCACCUCCUACGGGUGCUUGGUUGAGGGAGGAGCCACUCCGGGUUCCACCUACCCUGAAGCCUUGCUCCCCAGCACGGUCUUCGAGCCCCGCGGGUCCCAGAGGCCCGACCUUCAGGAGCCUCACGCUGGGCGCCAGGUUCAACCCCGGCAGGAAGCCCCGCCCCACGCGUCAGCAGGCCCAAGACGAGCCAAGGGCGGAAGCGGGGAGAGCAGAGAGCUGAGCGCCGGCGCAGCGGGCGCUGCUAGCGGUGCUGCGGCAGCCAGCGCAUAUCCGGGGGCCUCCGCGUCGGGGACACAAGCCCGGCACCAAGAUGGGCAGCAGCUCGCUGUCGGAGGACUACCGCCUGUGCCUGGAGCGCGAGCUGCGGCGCGGCCGCGCCGGCGUGUGCGGGGACCCAUCACUGCGCGCUGUGCUCUGGCAGAUCCUGGUGGAGGACUUCGACCUGCACGGAGCACUGGGGGAUGACGCGCUGGCGCUGCUGACUGACGGGCUGUGGGGCCGAGCGGACCUGGCACCCGCGCUGCGCGACCUGGCCCGCGCCUUCGAGCUGUUGGAGCUGGCGGCGGUGCACCUGUACCUGCUGCCCUGGAGGAAGGAAUUCACCACCAUCAAGACCUUCUCUGGGGGCUACGUGCAUGUACUGAAGGGUGUGCUCUCCGAGGACCUGCUCAUCCAGAGCUUUCAGAAGAUGGGCUAUGUGCGCAGGGACAACCACCGCCUCAUGAUGGCCACUCCACCCCCCGCCAGUCAGCUGCUCCAGGUGGCCCUGGGCUGCUUUGCUCUGCGGUUGGAGUGUGACAUCCUGGGUGAAGUGCUGGCACAGCUGGGCACCAGUGUGCUGCCGUCAAAGGAGCUGCUGCAGGCUCGGCGGUCCAGCACAGAUGUGGCCUCCUGUGUGGCCUGGCUGCAGCAACGGCUGACCCAAGACAAGGAGCCACCACCCUUGCCUCCCCGUGGCUCCAUGAGCAUGUACCAGGCUCAGCUGGACCUAUAUCAAGACCUGCAGGAAGAUGAGGGCUCAGAGGAGGCCAGCCUCUAUGGGGAGCCCUCUCCAGGACCAGACUCACCCCCCUCUGAGCUGACAUAUCAGCCCCAGCUCUGGGAACAGAGUGCCAAACUGUGGGGUGCUGGGGGAGGGGCCUGGGAGGCAGGUGCUGAGGCUGAGUUGUCACCAAGGGCCAGGAGCCCACCCUAUGGGGCUUUGGAGGAAGAGCUGGAGCCUGAACCUGAAGCCUUUUCCUUCCUCUCAAUGCGCCGAGAGCUACUGAGUCGGCCUGAGGAUCUGGCUACUCCCAAAGUUUCUGGGAGCCCCAGGCGUGGCAGCCCCCAAAGUGUGCAUGAGCCCUUUGGUUACCAGGCACACAGUUGCCUGGUGCCCGGUGCCCUGCCUACCCACUGCUGUGACACAUGCCGCCAGCUGCACACAGCCCACUGUGCUGCCUUGUCCAUCUGUCACGAGAGCCACACAUUGCAUCCCCUGAUCAGUGACAUCCAGCGACGUCUGUGGCUACAGCGAGCACAGGUAGACACCCUGCUUUAUGACAGCCCUGGGGCUCAGCCUUAGGCCCAACCAUGCCCCAGGUCAAGAGUUUCCAGGGAGUUUCUGUGGUGCUUCUCUGGGCUUCUCCCCUCUUCUGGCCUGGGCCCCUGACCACUCUGCCCCUAGAGGAGCCUCAGGCAUAGCAGGAGUAUAGAGAUCCCAGGCCCCACAAUGCAGGAGGUGGGAGCUCACCUUCCAAGAAGGGCUUCUGUCUUCUUGGGCUAGCCUCAUUCCUCACUAUCAUGCCCAAUCCAGUCCUAUACCUAAAUGUCACAUCAAGCCUAUCCCCACAAAGAAGCCGCACCUUCGGUGACUGGCCUGUGGCUCUUGGCAGGUUGUGGUUUGAGCAUAAUGCUGUCCUCCAGGUGUCUGGGGGGAGGGGGGACUCUCCACAGGUCUCCUCAGGAGUCCACAGGCAACAAGCACAGCUUGAGGAUUGUUGGGACCAGUAUGGGGGUCGGAUGGGGAGAAGGCUGCCAAGUGCAUGGUUGGCCAGGCUGUGGGUAACCUGCCUCCUCCACUCUCCUGCCCUAUCCUGCAUGGUGCCACAGGCCAGUGCUGAAUUGAGUGCUGGCUGAAAUGUACUGAAAUGUGCCCUGGCCACAGUUGGGGAAAGCUGGGUCCCCAGAUGGAAUGAGCCCAUCUCAAACCAGAGGCAGCUGGCGGAGACUCUGAGCAGCAGGUGGGUGUCUGGCAGAACUUGGAUAGUGUCAUUCCACUUCCAUAUGGAAUGUGGGGGUUUCUCAGCAACCACACCCCAGUAGAUUCCCUGCUACUGCUUCUGCUGCACUGGCUCAGGAAGGUAGGGUGGGAGGUCUUGCUGGCUUAUACCUCAGGCCACCAGGUCCAAUGCAGCUGGGCUAAAGCAAACAUAGCUGUCUCCUUGGGGGGAGGUGCCCUUCUGUCCUGGCCCCUCCACACCUUCCUUCCUUGACUGCCACAUCCCCUCCAUCUGUCUCCACCCCAGCAUUUGCAUAUCACCUAUUAAUACCACACAAAUCAGUAACCUCCAAGUACAUUAAAGUAAAUAAGUCCACAUCUA